AAAUUUGAAUUUACUUAUGUCUGAUUAAUUCGACUAGUUACAAGAGGGAAUAGUUCAAAAUGAAGUGCCUGAAUAGAGCGAAUAGGAGCCUUUUGAUUAAAUAGCUCCAAGAUAAAAUAAUGAGAAAAAACAAAAUUUUUAAAUUGAAGAAGAGGAUGAAUAAGAUUAAAAUCAACCGGUUAGUGCUAUAAAAGAGGUUGUGAAGCCUGAAGAGAAUAAAAAGAACGUAUCUUAGAUUAGCAACCCAUUAUAGCCCAUAAUGAUAAAUAAAGCAGAAACAAAGAGAAUAGUACAUCAGGCAGCAUUAGAAAGAAAGACAGAAGCAUUUGAAUAAACAAAAAGUUAUGAACUUCAUAGAUCUACAUAAAUUUAUUAACAUAGACAAUUAGUUGAUUCUGUUUGGGCAAGAUUGUAGAAAGUAGUAGCUUCAUCAGAUGAAUCUAUGAAAUUUUUAGUUUCAUAUAUGAGAUCGAGAAUUGAAUAAGAAGAAUAACAAUUGAAAUACUCUUAAACAGCUUAAUUAAGUAAAUUGUUUAAGGAUUUUGGUAAUAGAGACUUAUAAUCAUAAUUUUAGAUGGAAAGAUCAUGUAAUGCAAUUAUCCUGAAUUUUCUAAAGCAGUAAGAACAAUGGAUUCUGCAAUGGAAAGAUAAACAGAUUAAAUUAAAAUUUUUAUUGUUUGGAUGUAAAAUUAAACUAGAGAAAGAUUGGAAUAAGAAAUGAAUAAUUUUACUAAUUAAAAUAGGGGUAUCAAUAAAAUUAAAAUAUUUAGAAUUGCUUAAUACAUAUAAUAGAUUCAAAAAGACCUUAAUGGAUUUAGACAAAGAAGUACUAAAAUAUUUUAAUAAAUAUGAUAAAAUGUAUUAAAAUAUGACUGUUAAGGGAAAAAAGCCAUAAAAAGAUUUUUUAAGAGCAGAAUUAAAGUAUAAAUAAGUAAGUCAUGAUAAUUGAAUAUGUUUAGGCUGCUUCAAGAGUAAUAGUAUAUUAAAGAGAAUUUGGAACAUGGCUAUUAAAUAGUUGGAAUGAAAUAAAGUUAUUAGAAACUUAAAGGUUAGAUUUGGUCACACAUACUUUAAUAGAGUUUUAGAAUUAAAUAAUGAACGUUUAUGGUAAAAUUGCCUAAUAAGAUUAAAUACUUGGAUCCUUGAGUGGAGUUAAGGUGUAAUAAGAAGUUUAGACUUUGUAUUCACCUGAUUUUGUGUUAACAAAAUAAGAAUUAGAAUUUAUUUAGACAGAAUAAUAAUAGGAAUUAGUAAAAUAUUUUUAAAAUUUCUAAGUAAAUAUUGUAGAUAUAAAGUAUAGGUUAUUGAUAAAUAUGCAGAAUUAUCUCAUCCUUUAAUUUUAAAGUAGUUUUCAGCUUAGAGAGAUGUUGGAACUAUUGGAAAGACUUGGAUAGAAACAGGAAUAAUAAUUACAGUUGAUCAUUAUUUUUUGACUUUUGAUGGGAAGCCAACUAGAUUUUCAAAACCAGAGAAUAAAUAUCCACUUGAUGGAAUGAAAAUGAAUACAAGAAAUCCUUUAGAAUUAGAGAUUUUAUUUGUAAUUCCUGGAUUAGUAAUGGAUUCUAAGAAGAAGUUGCUAAUUCAAUUUAAGAAAUCAGAUGAAUUGGAAGAAAUGAUGUAUUUCUUAGAAACAGUUGGGCAAAAUAAAUUUGCUUUAAAUUGAAAUAUGUCAAGCAUGAUAUAAUAUGAAUAGUUAUAAAAUAAU